UCAUUAGCGGCGCGCGCGGUCGCUAGGUGCCGGCGCGGCGGCCAGAGCGAAGCAGGUGCCGGAGAUGGUGGGUCGCGCCGAGCCCAGCGGCCCCGCGGCGUGCGGCGGCGCCCCGGGCCUCCUCCCGGUCCUCCUGCUGCUCCUCUCCGCCGCCGCCAUCAUCCCCAGAGGUGAUGGUCAGAAUUUGGUUACAGAAGAUGUGACAGUGGUGGAGGGAGACGUUGCCACCAUCAGCUGCCGCGUCAAGAACAGCGACGACUCGGUGAUUCAGCUCCUGAAUCCCAACAGACAAACGAUUUAUUUCAGAGAUUUCAGACCGCUGAAGGACAGCAGGUUCCAGCUGGUGAACUUCUCCAACAGCGAGCUCCGAGUGUCCCUGACAAACGUCUCCAUUUCUGAUGAAGGAAGGUACUUCUGCCAGCUCUACACCGACCCCCCCCAGGAAAUCUAUACCACGAUUACAGUGCUCGUCCCGCCACGCAAUUUGGUAAUUGAUAUCCAGAAAGAAAUCGCCGUUGAGGGAGAAGAGAUUGAGCUGAACUGCACUGCCAUGGCCAGCAGACCAGCCACCACCAUCAGAUGGUUCAAAGGAAACAAAGAGCUAACCGGCAAGUCAGAAGUGGAGCAGUGGUCCGACAUGUACACGGUGACCAGUCAGCUGUUGCUGAAGGUGGGACGGGAGGACGAUGGGGUCCCUGUCAUCUGCUUGGUUGAUCACCCUGCUGUCAAAGACUUGCAGACACAACGUUACCUAGAAGUCAUGUAUAAGCCUCAAGUGCGGGUUUCUCAGAAUUACCCGGUGCAAGGCCUCACCAGAGAAGGGGAGCCGCUUGAACUGACAUGCGCAGCUUUUGGAAAACCACAGCCUACGGACAUGAGGUGGUUAAGAGUAGAUGAUGAGAUGCCUCAACACGUUGUAGUGUCUGGUUCAAACCUUCUCAUUAGUAACCUAAACAAAACAGAUAAUGGUACAUACCGCUGUGAGGCUUCAAACGCGGUGGGGAAAUCACAUGCGGAUUACAUGCUGUUUGUAUACGAUCCCCCCACAACUAUCCCUCCUCCCACAACAACCACCACCACUACCACCACCAUCCCUACCACCAUCACAGACACAACGGCGACGACAGAACCGGCAGUUCACGGCUUUACUCAGUUGCCCAAUUCGGCAGAGGAGCUGGACUAUGGGGAUCUCUCAGAUUCUCGUGCAGGUGAGGAAGGGGCGAUACGGAGCGUGGACCAUGCAGUGGUUGGUGGCGUCGUGGCCGUGGUCGUGUUUGCAAUGCUUUGCCUGCUCAUCAUUUUAGGGCGAUAUUUUGCCAGACAUAAAGGUACAUACUUCACUCACGAAGCCAAAGGAGCAGAUGAUGCGGCCGACGCAGACACAGCCAUCAUCAAUGCAGAAGGGGGGCAAAACAACUCCGAAGAAAAGAAAGAGUACUUCAUCUAGAGCAGCCUUGGUUUCUGUGAGGUGUCCAACCGUGGACGGUUACUACUGGCCCUAUUUAAACGCUAAAGAGACAGUGAUAUUGGAAGUUGCAACCAGCUUGUGUCUUUUUUUUUAAAGAAAAAAAAGCAACUGGGUGGAGAGUCGUGAGGCUGGCAGGGUCCGGGAUUUGCUGUGUAAAAAUAUUCCUCGUAAAGUACACUCUGCUGUUCGACACCUCAGUUUGUUUGGGUUUCCUUUUUUUGGCCAAGUCCAGCUUGGAUUUAGUUUAGUGAAGUCAUUUGCAGAAGAUUCUGUGCCUUGUUUAAUUUCUGUUCGUUCGGGUCGGGGGGAGGCUGGGAAGAAGAGGGGCUUCUGUGCGUUAGUUCCCUUCGGGUUUCUGUGGCUCUUCGUUUCCCCUUCCCUGUUCUGUUUCCGGAGUUGCCUGCUGCGACCCCUUGGAGUAGGUGGGUUUCUUUGAAGGUGUUUCUCUUUCUUUCUCUCGUCACCGUUUUCCGUUCAGAACUCGAGCUCAUCGGAGGAGAACCAGCACAUUUUAGAUUUCGUAGCUUGCAGUUCAGUGUGCCCAUGUCCCAUUCCCUCUAUCGUUGUAAAGGCUUGGAUGAACAAACGGCGAGAACCCGUUUGUGGCUGCCCGUGUUUCAGGUGCUUUCGAUGGCGGCGACUAGGAAAUAGGCUGGAGCUCGGCAAAGGCGCUCUUCGGCGGCGGGGAAGCAGGACCGGGCGUCAUCCUCCCGGGAGGGAUGCUGAGCCCACCGCUGCCAGCCGGGCUCAGGAGGGACUUUGGCUCUGGCCCUUUGCCUUGCACGCCGCUCCCGUCCCGCUUCCCCGCCUCGCCGACCUCUCCCCGCUUUGCUAGAGAAGGCAAAGCCCUGCCGGGGGGCGGGAGGCUGCGAGCCCCCAGCUUUGGUCGUCCUCUCCCCUCCUUUUGCAGCCGCAGGACGCGGCGGGUUAAACGCCUCCCCCCCCCCCCCCAGCACGCGCUGGAGCAGAGACCCGGAGAGCAGCCGGACAAGCAAAACUGCCUUUUUUUCUACCCGCUAAGUAAAACGUGGGAAUUCGUGCUAAAAUGACAGUGCUAACUGACUUACAAAGCCAUAGGUGAAAAGGAGAAUCUAGGUCAAUUAGAAUCGCAAGUGACAGGUAGCAGACCGCAAUCAGAAGCCGGUAUUAAAAUGAUACAUGCUGAAUUUUUUUUGGGUGAGUAAUCUUGGAUUUCGAGCGAUACUUUUUUUUACUGUGUUUAUGUGGAAAAUGUAUGCUGAUUUAUUUAAGGGAAGCAUUAAUCUUAGUGUCAGGUUGGGGUUUUUUUAGGGGUUUCGGGGGGAGCGUUUUCGUGCGGGUUGGAUUUUUUUUCUUUUUUUUUUAUUGUUGUUUUUGGCAGAACCAUUACAAUGCGGGAGUCCUUUGGGAACGGGAUGGCCUGACAGCAGAGAGCGAGUCCAUUCUCCAGCAGUAUUCCGUCUUUCCCCUUCUCGUGAGCAGAACCUCGCAGAAAUACCCUUUUUUUCCGAGCAAAUUUUGUCGAGCGCAGCUCUUUUCUGAGCCUUCAGCACCAUUGCCAAACCACAUCAUGGUGAGAAGCAGUCAGCAUGUUGGAGUUCGGGGGGGCUUUUUUACCCGUCAUCGGUCGUGGGAUCGGCAUCCUGGUUUUGAGCAGCCCAUCUUUGUUUUGGAAGUGUACCGUAGUGCAGUGUUACCGAUGUAACUUUGACUUACAAUGUUGACAUGUCUCAGGUUCAUGUGUUUUGAUUGGUGUUUUCCGUCUCAGGUAGAUUGCAAAAUUUCGGCCCCACACAUUGGAAAAAAAGAAAAAAAAAAAAAAAACAGGAUAAAAAACAGGAGAUUAUGAAUUUUAGUUGUAUAUUGGUUUAUGUAUUUUUUCUUCAGUAUACAGUGCACUGUUUGAAAUGUAUUGUUGAGUAUUACUUUGUACAGCUUUAGAUCAUUAGGAUUUUGAAGCGUGAAGAAAGAACAACCUUGUUUAAAGGAGUAUUACAAAUGAAGGACGCGGAACUGAUGAUAAACAACUUUGUUCUUUAUUCACCCGGCCUUUUUAUUUUUUCCCCUUAGGCCAGUUCUGUUUUAAGGUGUCCAUGGAAGAUGUUACAAUGUAAGAAAAUACAUAUCCAUCUGCUCCCAUUCACAUUUUGUAUUGGUUCAUGUAUACCAUUUUUACAAAGGAAAAGAAGUACUAUAAGAUAUCUGUCUUCUUAAUAAAAAAAAAAUUAAUGUUACAAAA